CGUUGAUGCUGUGGCGAUCAGUAACGGAUUGGAAGCCGUUCGCGAUCGUGCGAACGUUCAUGUGAUCGGACGUAUCAAAGUGCGUAAAAACACAGCAACACACGGGAAGAUAUCUUCGUUUGCGGCAAGACAUUCUAAUUCGAUAACGUUUUUGGAGAUAGCAAAAAAAAAGACAGAACCAAUCAUUCGGAUAGGUGAUGGUUGUAUUUGGUUUCAACAAGGAACAGGUUAGAAGAAUUCCUAUAUCUGCGUGCAUCUCUAGAGCGUCGAAGCGUCGUCACGUACGGUGUUCUACUUCUAUUAGCAUAAUCUCCAAUAAACGGAUCACGGUGAGCAAGGGAGACGUACGUUUACAUAAGGUGUUCGUGUGUCCCGUCCAAUCACACAAACGCGCAAGAAAUUCACUAGUGAUGCUGAAGCUAAAGGAAUUAAAAUAAUUCAAACUCGGUACAGAGUAGCAUCGUGUCGAGGGUGCUUUUUUGGAAGUGAUGCUAAAAGUUUGUGAUCAUUCCGUUCCGAGUUAUAGUUACAAUUUCAAGUGUUGAUUUGCUGUUUUAACUGAUCCAGGGAGUGAUCCAAACAUCCGAGCACGAGUUCCUAAACAAAUCUCUCCAACUAGUGAGGAAGUGUAAAACUUCCAUCGCCCGGAAGUACGGCGGGACGGUACACGGGUGUGUACGUGUUGUGGUCCGGUUCUCGCCUCUUCUAGCAAAGUCUAGCCAGCGUGAUAACCAUCAAUUAGGGCUAAUGCAAAUUACACGACCGAACGGGACGAGACCAGAACAAUGAUUAAUAUGCAGCAAUUACUGAUGACCGCGGUUCGGUGCAGCCGGUGGCCAGUGGGCGGUGACGCACUGGUACGCCGCCAUCGUUGUCGUCCGUCCGGCAGUGUCGCCCACGUGUCGCUGCUGCUUGCGCUGCUGACGGUGUUCGGUGCGGUGAAACCCAGCCAAGGCUAUCUGGAUGACCGUCAGCCGGUGUAUCUGGAGGCGAAGAUCGGUUCGUACGUCAUACUGGACUGUCCGGUUGAUUUUCCCCAGGACGAACCCAUACCGUACGUUCUGCACUGGAACAAAGAUAACAAACCCGUUUUCACACUGUACGACGGUGUCCUUAAUGCUUACGAAACCUUCAUUGGACGAGUAACUCUGCUAAACAACGACAUUCUGUACGGCAAAGCGUCGCUCAAUCUCACCUCAAUACGCGAAAGCGACAACGGUUGGUACGAGUGCAAAGUGAUCUUCCCGAACCGUGUGCCGAACAAGCGCAACAAUGGCACCUGGUUUCACAUUUCCGUGCUAGGCGGCACCUUGUUGCGCAUUCCACCCGUCAACCAAACCGUGCUGGAAGGUGAUCCGGCAUUUUUCCACUGUGUCGUACAGAACCCGGAAACGAUGUUCGUCGAAUGGUACAAGGACAAUGUGUCACUGCUGGAGUACUAUGAUCUGUCGCACCGUUCGAUGAUGGGUCCGGACGGGAGCCUUACGAUCAACCCAACGCAGAUGAGCGAUCUUGGAUUCUUCACCUGUGAGGUGCGAAAUACCGCCAACGAUACACAAUCGGCCAGUGCGUACUUGAAUGUGCAGUAUAAGGCGAAGGUGGUUUACGCACCGAAGGAGGUAUAUAUUCCGUUUGGUGAGUCAGCUGUGUUGGAUUGUCAUUUCCGAUCGAACCCGCCGUUAAAGAAUCUUCGGUGGGAAAAAGACGGUUUUCUGUUUGAUCCGUACAAUGUACAGGGUGUGUUUUACAAUCGCAACGGUAGCCUUCAGUUUGACAAGGUGGAUGACUCACACGCGGGUCGGUAUUCCUGCACACCGUACAACGAUCUCGGUACCGAUGGUCCAUCCCCGAUAAUUAAUGUGAUCGUACAGAGGCCUCCAUUUUUCACGAUCAAACCAAAGCUCGUGUACGUCACCAAGAUGGGCGGAACGGUCGAGAUGCACUGCGAUGCUCGUGAUCGUGACGGUUAUCACGUGCCACAUAUAGCUUGGGUCAAGAAAGAUGGAAGUCUGCUACCGUACGGUCGGUUUUCCUUUAAUGGAGGAAACAUAACAAUCGAAGAUAUUGUGGAGUCGGAUCGAGGAAUCUACGGUUGUCAGGCGACAAAUGAGGCCGCUACGGUAACGGCUGAUGCGGAGAUUAUGAUUGAAAAUGUAUCGCCGAGGGCGCCGUAUAAUUUGACCGGUAACAGUACCGAUACGUCCAUUACGAUUCGUUGGGCACCGGGAUACAUUCGUCAGUAUCUGGAGUACAUCAUCUGGUACCGGUUAGCCGAUGCACCGGAAUGGCGAACGUUGAAGGUAAGCAACAAGCACAUUUUGGAAGCGACGAUCACCAACUUACAACCGGCGCGAGAGUACGAGUUUAUGGUGCUGUGUCAGGACAACUAUGGCGAUGGGAUGUUUAGCAAAGCAUUCCGCUACUUCACAAAACCGACUGAGUUUGAGCAACCGGAAAAUGGACUGCAAGAUGCACUGCUCCAAUUUAGCCAGAUUGGAUCACCAAGGAACUUCAUCGUACACAAAGAGGAGGAUCACUAUGUGGCACGCUGGGAACCGCCGGAGCUGGGAUUGGAUCAGCUUCGUUUCUACAUUCUACGUUGGUGGAUCGAACCGAAGCACAAACUGUACGGAAGUGCGGAAACAUCCGAGACGGAAUAUAUUCUCGACAACCUGGACGAGGACAUACUGUACACGUUCCAGGUGUUUGCACUAUCGACGACCAACUACACGAGUGGCAGCAACGAGAUUGAUUUGUACGUUUAUCCUUACCGGCGCGUCAAGGUGAUGACGGUCAGUGGCGUGCUUAUAUUGCUGUUCUGUCUUGCGGUCAUCAGCAUACUGCUCUACAUGAAGCGGAAUCGAAUUCGGAAGCUGCGUGAAGCGGAAAACGUAAAAAUAUGAAACACUUACACGUAAAGUCACCACACACCAAACAUACAUCCCCGAAGCUUCGUACGGGAUCAAAAAAAAGUUUCAUUUUUUGUUUUAACCUUUUUGGGGAUGAACUCCAAUCGUGGUUAGGUUGGGUCACAACAAAUACACACCAAUGUCCCGACGUCUCGAUACUGACCUGCCGUAAAUCAGCUGCCUUUUCCCGGUGAGUAGAAGUAGUGCUAGUAGCAAGCGUACUCGUUGCUCGUAGACAUUCGUUUAGGAAAAUAAAAGCAAGAACUGUUAUGCACGGGCCUAUACAUAAAACAAUAUUAAUCGAAACCGUUGCAGUUGCUGUACUAUGCUAGAGAGAACAGAAGAAAGGAAGAAGAAAAAAUAACGAAAAACAAAUAAUUACUAUCGUGAAAUAGUAGAACGUUCUGUUUGUUUGUUUUUGUUUAGUGCGAAUCAAUGAGAUCUUGUCAUUACUAAUAAUAAACGAAUUAAAGAUAAGAA